CCGUAGCUAGCACGAGCAGUUCGUUGAAAAUGAUUUAGCCGAAAUACAUAUUGAAAGUCAAAACCAACGAUUUAGAACUAAACAGCUGUUUGAGAACACAUUUUAGUAAAGAAAUAUGUUUAAAAACAAAACAGCUUGGUUCUCAGACAGUGUAAAGAGAGACAUUCCCAGGUUUUGGGUGUCUGAGGGCGGCGUUAUCUCCGACUGGAAAACAGCUGAUUAUCUUUUCAGUGACGAGGCCUCCUGUCCUGACACGAAAAGGAUCCACGUGAGUGAUGAGUAUGUGAUGGACAGAGCCACGGUAUUUCACAGCGCCUACCUGUCCACCUGUAGGCUGCGGCGGAGCACCAAAUCUGUGCCACUUGGUCAUUAUCUACUGCCUCCUGUUUCUAUACAGAGAGAGGUGAAAGCCAAGAUUGGAAGGUUUAUAUGGGAGCAGGAUGAGAUGCUAGGAGUGACUACGCCACAUGGAAAUAGAAGCACUGGGCAGAUGUUGAACAUCCAGCCUGAUGCUAAAGGAAGUCAGACAGAGAAAAGAAAUAAAAGGCAGGAGAACCGCAUGAACACAUCUCCAUCAACAGACGAAUCGGUCUGUUGUGAGGCGCAGCUCUAUCCUGUAAACAACAUGGUCUCAGGUUACGUCCAUAUUGACCAGCUAAAGAGGUUCUCAGGAGAGCUGCACGACUUCCUUCCGUCCCACUCGGGUUAUUCGGUCUCUAGAUCUCACAGCAGGAGACUUCCUUAUCAGUACAAAGAGGGACACUGACGGGAGACAAACUAGAAAUUAGAAUUUUUAUACACAGCGAAAUAUACAGUAAGACAAGAGGGAGACUGUGUGAAUAUGUAUUUAUCUCGAUUUUAGAUGAUCGUAUUCUUCAAUCUACACAAUAUAUGACUAAGUAA